CCACCCGCCGGUUACAUUGUACCCAGCGAGCGCGCGGGGCUGCCGCCGCUGCGCAUCGCUCCGCGCGUGGGCCGGGGACCCGCCCCGCCCUCCCGGCGGGCGCCCCGCGGGGCUGGGGGCGGCGGGCCGCCGAGCGCGGCGGAGGGCUGCGGCGCUCCCGGAGGCUUCCCCGGCGCGGAGCGGGACGGCAGGAGCUCUGUCAUCAUGUCAGUCAGCGUCCAUGAGAACCGUAAAUCCCGGACUAGCACCGGCUCCAUGAACAUCUUGCUUUUUCACAAAGCUUCCCACCCGGACUGUGUCUUGUCCCAUCUGAACACCCUGCGGAAGCACUGCAUGUUCACUGAUGUCACCCUUUGGGCAGGAAACAGGUCGUUCCCAUGCCAUCGGGCAGUGCUGGCUGCCUCCAGCAGAUACUUCGAAGCCAUGUUUAGCAAUGGCCUCCGGGAGAGCCUGGAUGAUGAGGUGAACUUCCAUGACAGCCUUCACCCAGAGGUGUUGGAGCUACUGCUGGACUUUGCUUAUUCCUCCCGGAUCAUCAUCAAUGAGGAGAAUGCCGAGUCCCUCCUGGAGGCUGGAGACAUGCUGCAGUUCCAUGAUGUCCGAGACGCAGCAGCUGAGUUCCUGGAGAAGAACCUCUACCCUUCCAACUGCCUGGGCAUGAUGCUGCUCUCAGAUGCUCAUCAGUGCCGGCGGCUCUAUGAGCUCUCCUGGAGGAUGUGCCUGGUCAACUUUGAGACGGUUCACAAGAGUGAGGACUUCAACAACCUUUCCAAGGACACUCUGCUGGACCUCAUCUCCAGUGAUGAGCUGGAAAUUGAGGAUGAAGAAAAGGUCUUCAAGGCUGUCAUCCAGUGGGUGAAAUAUGAUCUGGAUGAGCGGAAGGCUUAUCUCCCAGAACUUCUGCGGAAUGUUCGUCUGGCCUUGCUUCCUUCUGAGUGCCUCAAGGAAGCCUUGGCUUGUGAGGACUUGAUCAUGGUGGAUGAAAGAAACAAGAUUGUCUUGGAUGAAGCUAUUCAGUGCAAGAAGAAGAUCCUCCAGAAUGAUGGGGUGGUCACCAGUCCCUGUGCCAGGCCUCGCAAAGCUGGGCACACCUUGCUGAUCCUGGGAGGACAGACCUUCAUGUGUGAUAAGAUCUACCAAGUGGAUCACAAAGCAAAGGAAAUUAUCCCCAAAGCAGACCUGCCAAGCCCACGGAAGGAGUUCAGUGCCUGUGCCAUCGGCUGCAAAGUGUAUAUCACUGGAGGCAGGGGCUCAGAGAACGGCGUCUCAAAAGACGUAUGGGUGUAUGACACUGUUCACGAGGAAUGGUCAAAAGCUGCCCCAAUGUUAAUAGCUCGGUUUGGGCAUGGCUCGGCUGAAUUGGAAAACUGCCUGUAUGUGGUUGGUGGGCACACCGCAGUAGCUGGAGUCUUCCCUGCAUCUCCUUCUGUUUCCUUGAAGCAAGUAGAGAAGUACGAUCCCAUAUCCAACAAAUGGACGAUGGUGGCUCCUUUGAGAGACGGAGUGAGCAACGCUGCGGUGGUGAGCGCCAGGCUGAAGCUUUUUGUCUUUGGUGGGACCAGCAUUCACCGAGACAUGGUGUCCAAGGUCCAGUGCUAUGAUCCAUCUGAGAAUCGGUGGAUGAUCAAAGCCGAAUGCCCGCAGCCCUGGCGCUACACGGCAGCCGCUGUACUGGGCAGCCAGAUUUUCAUCAUGGGGGGAGACACAGAGUUCACGGCAGCAUCCGCCUACCGCUUUGACUGCGAAACGGACCAGUGGACGCGCAUUGGGGACAUGACAGCCAAGCGCAUGUCAUGCCAUGCUUUGGCCUCGGGGAAUAAACUCUAUGUGGUGGGGGGCUACUUUGGGACUCAGAGGUGCAAAACGCUGGACUGCUACGACCCUACAUCAGACACAUGGAACUGUAUCACAACAGUGCCUUACUCGCUCAUCCCCACAGCUUUUGUCAGCACCUGGAAGCACUUGCCAUCGUGAUGAGGGUCAGGGCUUGGGGGCUUGUAUCCAGGAGGUCCAUAAGGUGCCAGAGUCACAUCCAUGUCCCCUGUCUUGCUGCUGGAGCCAACACGGUGACCGAGUCCCCUCCUGUCCUCUCGCACAGGACGUUGAGAAGCCUUUUGCAUCCCUUCGCGGCAUCGGGAGCAGGCGGCACAGCCGGCCCCGCGCCAGCACCAUGCCAGGGGGGCACGCAGGGCCACCCAGCCCCACCACCGGCCGUCGCACAGGGACGGCGAGGAGCUGGGAGCGCUGGCUACCGGGCUGGGGCUGGGUACGGGGGACAUGGGGAUGGCUCGCGGGUGCUGGUGGUCCAACAGGACUGGGGAGAUGGAGGGUGUGCACCAGGCUGCAUCCUUUGGCAAGCACGGCGUGAGAAGCCGUUAGGUGCUUUUUGUUACUUGGUUGGGGGAUUUAAGAGAUAUUAAAUUUUUUUUUUUUUAAAGGCAGUGACCGUGCCAUUGGGCAUGGCUGCUGUUUGGGUGACUUAGAAGUGUUUUUUAAAGGGAAAAGGGGCUGGGGCAGUGCAGCAGAGAGCACCUGGCUCUCCCCAUCCUCUGGCUGCUCUGCGGAGGCGAUGGCUACUGAAACAUUAAAGCGUGGGAGCUUGGGGCGGCUGCCAGCAGUACUGGGUACUGCGGCGAAACAGGGCAGGUGCCUUUUCGUUUGCACUUUGGGCCUUUCCCCCCCCCCCUCCCUUUCCUUGCCACAGUCAGUUGUGAUUUGGUCAGAGGCCAGGCAGCUCCCCGCACGCAGCUGCUGGAAAGAGCACGGCGGCUCUGUUAGCGUGCCAAGGCACCGGCACCGCUGCCGAGAUAUUCACCAGAUAAAACCUGCUGCAUGCUCAGAGCCGGUCUUCUGAGUUUCCCCACCACGCUCGCCGAGCAGCGCGUGGGUGAGGGCGUAAUUAGUAAACUAGCAGAAACAGAGGUGCAGAGGGGCAAAGCUCGCGCCUCUAGCGGGGCCUCGGAGGGAGAAACGAGUGAACCAGGGGAGCGUCACAGGGCUGGCAGAGCAGGCUGGGGAGGGAUCCCCUCUUCCCUGCUGUGCCGCCCGUCCCGGCUUCACCUUGGAGAGGUGUGAGCGUUUUUGGCUGCACGUUGCCUGCCAACGGUUGCGCUGCAGCUGCCCCAGGUUAUCCGCGCACGCUGGCUGCCAACUGUAUUUGCGUUUAUUAAUGCAAGAGUUGUCAGCCCGAGUCACUCCCCAUUCAAGCUGUAGAAGAAGGCAUGUGGAUUUUGGCUGUCGAUACAGGGAUGCGGCUCCUGACUGGCCUCUUCCAGGGCUGGCCACCGCCGAAGGCUGGUCAUGCACCGCCCCAGCAUCCAUCCUGCUUCCCUCCGCAGCAGAUCUGGUCCUGCAGAUGCUCCGGGCUUGCUUUUUGCCCGUGGAUUAGGUUAAAUUGUAGCCUGGCCAGCUGAAUGAUGCAAUGCAAUGAAAAGCCUUGACAUGGCUUCAAACAACAAAGGUCUUUUUGGAGCAGCGAGCGCCUGUUGCUGCCGGGAAGAGCACACUUUGUGCACAGCCAGUCUGCGAUGCUCUGAAUGAUGUUUAUUUACAUUUUCUAGUCUUUUCUUUCUUUCAGCUGCUUGUGAAUUUUAAUAAAAAUGAUGAUCUGGGAAAA